AUGGCAAAGUCGGUAACAGUGCAUGUUUUUUUGGCAAUUGCAGUGGCUAAAGGUUGCCCUUUGUGGCAAUUAGAUGUGAACAAUGCCUUCCUACACGGGCCCCUUAAUGAGGAUCUGUAUAUGGUGCCUCCCGAAGGUUUUGUAGGCAUAUCUGCAGCUUGCUCGCUCUACUCCGGCCUUCUUGUUACUCAACAAAAGUAUCUUACUGAUAUACUUAAAGAUGUCAAUCUCUUGGAUGCAAAGGUGGUCUCCACUCCUCUGCCUCCAGGCCUUAAACUCAUUGUUGAAACUGGUUCUAUCUUGCCUAACCCAAGCCCUUACCAAAAGCUCAUCGGUCGUCUUCUAUAUCUUGGAUUCACGCGGCCUAACAUUUCAUUUGUCGUGAAGCAACUUAGCCAAUUCCUCCAACACCCCAAGUCUUCUCAUUGGGAUGUUGCAGUUCACGUUCUCUGCUAUUUCAAAAUGCACCUCUGCUCUGGAACACCUGUUACGUUCUGGUGCGAUAACAACGCUGCCAUCCAUGUCACUGCCAACCCCGUGUUUCACGAGUGCACCAAGCACUUGGACAUCGAUUGUCACCUUGUUCGAGAUCAGUUCAAAUUGGUUUCAUCCAACCAUCCUUUGUUCCCAGCCGCGGUCAACUGGCUAACUCCUCCUGUUGGUGAUUUCAUUCAUCUGCUCGUCAAGUUGGGCUUGGCCCCUCAAGCUCCAUCUUAA